CCUCCUCCUCCUCCUCCUCCUCCCCCUUAUGUGGCCUUAAUAGAUAUAUUUAGAGCCUCCGGAAUGUGCUAUGUCCAUGCUGUUUAUAACACGCAGGCAGGCAGAGUGUAUUGAAUGGCAUCUGCCUCCAGUCUGUCCCAGGAAAACCGAUCUGUAGUGUGAGGAUGAAAUAACAACACGACCAUUACGCCACGACAACACAGGAAACAGGUGCUUCACUGCGUCUAACGCGAGACAAACAAAUAAAACUCAGUAUAACAUGCAAGACACACGCAAACAAACACAACGAAAAAAGCAAACAAACAAAAAAAAACAUGGCUGAGAUCUUAUCAAGACAAUGAUGAAUCAUAUCCUUACAGGGUGUCUCCAGAUCCCGUCUUCAUCUCACGGGGGGGGGAGGGGGGGUUUCUGGAUGCAGCAAAACAACCUGAGAAAGUGAACAAUGAGGCAAAAGCAUACACAAAGGAUGGAGACAAGGCAGCCCUGAGAGUGCAGCGCCCCAGCUUCCGUGCGGAUUUGACGUAGUUCACGCACCAUCACAAUUCCGCGUCUGCACUGCGCCCUGCUGUGGAGCGGAGUUCUCCAAGGUGCUUAAAAAAGACAGCCCAGCCAGCAGAAGCGAGCUCUGCCUUCACGUUUCACACACCGAGGAAAGAUCGUGGCAAUAAAUAUCCGAAUAACAAAGACUCGAGCAGGCUCCAAGGGGCUCCAGCCUUCCUUUGAUCAUACACGCCAGAAAUCAUACAGCAUAGUAGCAGAUACUGAAAAAAACUGCGUUUCACGACAUCAUAUAAACGCAACAAAACAUAACGUGCAAUUUUUGGAGCACAAGCAAGAAAAUAUAAAAGGCAGCAGAACAAACGAGGCAACUAAGUUCAGAAAAUAGUGUGGCUACAGAUGAUCAGAAACACAAUAAAAAAAGGAAAACACACACACACACAAACCAAAGCACUCUAUUUCAGCAUAUUCAGCAGCUGAGUAGGCCACAGAAUAAAACCUUUACAAUGUUGUGUUUUGAUCGUGUGUGCUGUUGAUGUGAUUUGUGAAAUGUUAUCUUGAUUUUGGUCUGGUGUUUGUGUGUGAAAUGAUCCAUUUUUAUGUAGUUGCAUAGUCUGCUGUGUUGUUACAUUUUUGUGAAUAAUUGUCUUUCUUUCUGUUAUUUAAGUUUGAAUGAUUCUAUGUCCAGGCCACAGCUGGGAGAGGCUCCAGCCCCCCUGCAACCCUGCUGGGAAUGAGUGAAACCGGCCAACGCCUACAUUUCCCAGCGUGCCAGCGAGUUGGGGCGGAAGUGUCGUCAUGGAGAUGCUUAUAAAGCUGCCUUCCAGACCGCUCAAAUAGACCAAUGCGCGGAGGGGUGAACCUGUCGCGGCUGCUGUGAUGGGACGUGGACGGAGGGCUGACAGCUUGUGCAGGAAUUCAGGCUGAGCCGCAUCCCCUUCCCACAGAGGGCUGCCACUGUCGGAGGGCUCCAAGUAUGUGACAGCUGGCAUUUCUCCCGAGUGAGGCGUUUUAUUUAGAUUUUUUUCCAAUUUUUGGAGCAGUUUUAUUUCAUUCUUUUUUCUUUUUUUUUUUACUAUCAUUGUCUUUUCAAAUUCAAGAAUGGACCCGGGUAAACGGACUCAGAAGUUGAUCCGGCGCCGUCCUCUGGAUGUUACGCUGUUCAGAAUCCAACCAGACUGUCGCUCAUGAAAAUGCCACCUCUCUCGAUGGGACGGGGAGAUCAGCUGCUGCUCCGGGACGACAAAUAACGGGAGCGAGAGGGGAGCGUGGCGAACGGAAUUACCUCUCUGACCGAGGAACUGUGAGAGCCGCCGCCGGCUCCGAUUCUCUCCGGGAUCCCCCCCCCCCCAGCUGAGGACUCUGGACACCUCGCUGUUUAUUGUUUUAUAGGUAGACUUCAUUUUUGCAUGAACCCCCCCACCCCCUCCUCCUCCAUCAUCUUAAAAUAGAGCUCCAACUCCUGUAAUUACACUUCACGAUCCUUUAAUCCGCAAACGCAGACUAUGUAACACUCUUAAACAGCUAAAUCACACUUUUUAUUUGGAGGAAUGGAGGUUGUUUAAAUCAACGAGAGUCGUCGCCAGUUGUUAAAAGCGCGUCCUUCCCCGGCUGUCUUUGUCAUCAGCUGGACAGCGUGUCAGCCACUGGUUCAUAAACAGUUCAGGGAUCAGCUUUGGAUGACACCAAUACUGGCAUAAAAGGGAAUCUGACGCCAAGAUGUAAUAUUAUAGUUUAGUUAAUUAUUCAACGCGUAAUUAUCCCAAAGCUCACCUUCCAUGUGGAUGCCACACUGUCAUAUCUUCUUUUUUUUUUCUAAAGCUCUUUAGUCGACACCGACAUAGUAAUUCGGAGGAAUAAAAACACUUUACGCAUGAAUGAAGUUAAGUUAGAGCACCUAAGUUGUGGCACCGUUUACGCACCGGAAAGCAUGCGCUCUGCAAUAUUUCCUAUAAGCCUACUUGUCUUCCUGUCCUUUGACAUUAUUGCAUCAAAGAGUUUUUUUCUCCUCCCCACGAGACAGUCUUCUCUUUACACGAGCACAUUCUGAGCUGGUAAACUAUUGUGGGAGGGGAACAUGAUUUGGAUCCACCUGUGAUUCUCCAGCUGUUUCCAUGCGUCUUUCUUCUCCUCCUCCAGAACUCUGGACGUUGUUGUGGAUUGUGUUGCAAUUUGAUGCAAUGGGCUGCAUCCAGAGUAUCAGAUAUAAGCCCAAGAGUUUCCGAGACAGUAUCAUCGUCCUGGAGCUGAACACUUCAAUCGACUCCAAUCCCACCAGCAUCGACGAGGCAUCCAGCGUGGUCCUUCGCUACCGGACACCUCACUUCCGAGCCAAUGCCCGAAUCCUUGUUCCACCUGUGGCGGCCAAGGAGACAUGGACCAUCGGCUGGAUUCAAGCCUGUAACCACAUGGAGUUCUACAAUACAUAUGGGGACAAAGGGAUGUCCAGUUGGGAGCUUCCUGACCUACGCGACGGCAAGAUCCAGGCCAUCAGCGACUCGGACGGCGUCAACUACCCGUGGUACGGCAACACGACGGAGACCUGCACCGUGGUGGGGCCCACCAAGAAGGACAGCAGAUUUACCGUUAGUAUGAAUGACAAUUUCUACCCCAGCGUCACCUGGGGAGUACCGGUCAGCGACAGCAACGUGCCUCAGCUUAGCAGCAUCCGCCGCGACCAGAGUUUCACCACCUGGUUGGUAGCCAUCAAUCAGGCCACCUCGGAAACGCUGGUCCUGCAGACCAUCCGUUGGAGGAUGCGUCUUCACAUCCAAGUGGACCCAGAGAAGCCGCUGGGUAAGAGGGCUGCUCUAAAGGAACCCGUAGCCCAGGAACAGCCUCAGGUCCUGGGCAAGAACGAGCCCAUCCCCCCCAACGCCACGGUCAAGCCCAACGCCAACGAUGCCCAGGUGCUGAUGUGGCGGCCAAAGAAUGGUGACCCCGUGGUGGUCAUCCCACCCAAAUACUGACCUGUUCCAAAGACCAGACCGGCCUUUGAUACCUUAACAGUAUCAUCUUUUUUUUUGUUUGUUUUUUUAAGAAUUGCCUCUACACCAGCUCUUUUUGGUUUUAACUCCUCAUUGAUAUUUAUUUCCCCUCAUUCUGCCUCUAUAUUUUUCUCCUGUGAUGUUUUAAAAGGACGGAUGGAAACAUAUGACAGGCAAAUGAAACCAGCACUGAGGAAGAGACCAUCUCGAGCAAACCUUCGGAAUAAACUGGAGAGAAUUAACUGCAACCAUUCUACCCUCACACAUGGGUCGGGUCUCACUGUGCUAAAAUACAAAACAUGAUUUAGAGUAGCGUUUCAUUUUGACUCUUGGAGCCAAGCGACGGUGGGCUUUCAGAGUGUGGGAGGGUCUGAACACAACAGUGCAUGACUAAGUCUGCACACAUGCUGCACAAACUUUGCGUUUUGAGAACCAGCCGUGGUUUUUAUUUAUGUGCUGGACAAGAGUGCAUUUACUUGUUUUGAUGUUGUUUUGUUCUUUACGAGGCAAACUGCAAUGGGCGACAUAGCUGAUUUAUUACUUUUUGAGAACAUGCAAGACAUUCAAGUCCAUGCUGCCUUACGUUUACACUGCUUUCCACUGCAAACUAUUUAGCCUUAAAACAAAGUGCGAUGCAGUAUGCGGUCAUUUGUCCCGUUUCUUCCAGACUUUUGGUGCUGGCAUGUGUGGGUUUAGGACAGGAACUCUCACGCAGGGGAAAAAAAAACAAAAAAAACAAGUCUCAAAUAAAGGCUUUUGUGUUUAGCUGCAGUGAGCUUGCAAAUCUAUCGUCUGAGAAGCGUGAGCAGUAUUAUUUUUUUCGUUACAAGCAAUUUAAGUAGCGCUGUUGCCUUGCGAGUGCAUUGUGCAGCAGAGGAGAUGCUCUGUGAGAAGAAGCGAAUACAACAAUCAUCCGUAGCUCGUAGGAAAAGAGACGUCUUGAGAAAAAUCGACUGGCUCGCGCUCUGCAGCUGACCUCACUCAAGUCACUUUAUUUUGCUGAUUGGCUGUGGUAGAAUUGUCUACAUCAGUCCGUCUCAGGGCCCCUUGGUACUUCCCCCUUGUCUCUUUUUCAUCCUUCCUGUCUUGUCUACUUCUUAUUACUACAGUCUGCACUGCCCACACUGAACAAUCAAUACUUCUAUUAAUAAGGGAUGACCUGUCGGUGGACACAGUAGUGGGGCUGCUUGUGUGCAAUCCUGUUUCUUUGCCAUUUUUCUUGACUCAUAUUCAUUAUUGUCAUCUGGGUUAUAAUUUUUCUAAAAAGGCAUCCAAAUUAUUUCUACCGAAUUAAAACUACAAAGAUCCGUUCCUCAUAGUGACAUUGAUGUCUGUGUCCCGCUUUCAUCAUCUCUAAUCACUAGAGCAGUAUUCCCUCCCUAACCCCCACUUCCUCUCUCUCCCCCUGCCUCCACCUCUCUUUUCUCUCACUCUUUAUCCGCUGCCGAGGCUGAAAAGCUGAGCAGGAUACACGAGAGUUUAAUGCCGACUGCUCGGUUGGCAUAUAGAUGACCCACUUCUCUUGACUCCCAGUUGCAGCUCUUGGUGCAUGCGGGGUUAGCCUUCCUUUUUCUUUUCUUUUUUUCAGAUCGGCAGUAAAUGUGUUGUAGGCUCACACGCAUGAACAGAACAACUGUGGUCGGCUAAAUAUCAGCGCCCAGAAACAUGAUGCCCAAUCAACUGGAAAAUCCCCCCCUAAAAGCAGACAAAAAGUAGCUGAAUUUGUCAUCGCUCUUUCUUUUUACGUCCUUAUCAGAAAUUCGGAUGAUGCAAACUUCUCACUUCCUCCAGCUCCUGUGGGAAAUCACUUUUGAUAUAAAUCCCAUCUGCUUCGUACACUUCUUCUAGAAUCCCCUUAUAUAUCCUGCUAUGAGUGAGGAUAAUGAAAUGAGGAACCCGUUUGGUUAAGUCAGACUCAUUUUACUGGUUAAGCCAACAGCUUCCUGAGUAACAGCUUAGAUUCAGUCUUCAUUGCAGUGGUUAAAGAAGCAUUGUCAUUGAAGGUUUGGAGAUUCUAUGCUGAUCAGCAGCUGCUGCCUGUGCUGCUGCCCACAUGACCCUUUACCAUACGGUCAGUGGAGAUUAUCCUUACGUUGAUCCAUCAAACUCAUUUCAGGCCAUUUUCUCUAUAGGAAAUGAAAAAUACAUACUCUGUUUUAACAGAUGGCAUUUACCAAGACCUCAAAGGGUCAACGCUUUGGGGAUGUAUGAACCGUAUUUAACCAUAUUAUAUUAAAAAAAAAAACAUAUUGACAUUUAAAAGUGAUGGUUAAUACCACCAUGGCAUAGAACAACAGUCUUAUGGCGUUCUAGAGUAAAGCGCUAUGAGCUAAACGUAUUUGCAGAACCAGAGGUCACUGUUCGGAUUUGUCCAGGGCAUGGGCUAAAUUACAGCUGUGUUCCAAGCUAAUAAAUGCUGGUGGUCCAUGGUCAGCUGCAGCAUGCCUCUAUAACAUGCUGAGUCACAGGGCACUGAGAUGAAGGGUGAAGGAGAAAAGGAACUAAGAGGCCAGGGG